AUGGAUCGCUACCGCCAAUACAAGAAUACCGCCACUCUGAAACAGGGCAAGCCCUGGGGUCAUUCUCGAGGGGCGAAACGCGCUCGCAUCUAUCGCCUCUGUCGUCGAAGUACCGAGGAGUAUUACAACCGGGAAGUCGCCCCCCUUCAAGGAGACGGAGGGCGAAGCAAGGAUUGGAAGAAUGACCCUCCAUUCCAUGAUUCCUGGGAGUAUACGAAGGAGGUACCAUCCAUCCUCCUCGCUCGCAAAAUCCACGCCAUCAUGAAGCGUCUUCCGUCAAGGGUGCUUCAUCAGAUAAGCACGAGGAAGUACACUCAGUGGUUGGAGCGCACCAAGGACUUACUGCCGGUCACGACUUGGUACCCAGGUAUCGCUACCCAGGGACCUGCGCAACAGGCUGCCCGGUGGUCUUUCCAGCCCAAAAGGACCUGUAUGACGCCAGAACCUGAGUUGUUCAGGAGAGGCGGCUUACUCGGUGACUCCGUUAGUAGGGAGUACCGAUUGGCUGUCACUGGUGAGCCAGUUCCAGGGGCGAAUAAUACUUUUUUCGCCUGGGACAGCGCCUCCGUUCGGGCUUGGAGAGCCGAAGAGGCCGCGAAGUACGUGGGACUAAUCGCGCAUGAGGAGGAGGACUUAGAGCCCAGGUCGUUGAACGAGGGUAGGCACUGGUGA